AUGCGGCUGAGCCCCGCCAAGAGAAACGCACAGGAGGCCACGACAGGGGGAAUUUCUGUGGUGUUGGUUUUGCGUAUCCGACCGAGACACUGCGGGGUUGAAAUUCUAGAACGCUGGAGAUCGCAGAUCGGAGGUGGGAGGUGGGAGGUGGGAGUCGCAGAGUCGCAGGGUCGCCAGAAAGGGCUAUAUAACGGAGACGUCGGGGAUAUAUUGAAACAGCGCGGUUUGGAAAUGAAGAAAUACGGAAGAAGUGGAAACAAAACCGAAGAUCGACGGAUCGUCAACGGCGCCAUUAACUAUUGA